UAAACAAAUAUCAAACGUAUAUCUAUCUCAUUUUAAGUUUCAAAAGUGUACACUAGUUUAGUCGCAGAAAACCAUGUAGUACAGCCAAUACAGUGAACUCAUGCAUUGAGUUCUGUUGCACUGGAACAAAAAACAAGUCGCUGACUUUGGGAACAGAAAAUGUUUUAGUGUACACUUUUUAAACUAGGAACAAGUAAAACUAGAAAACAAAUCUCAAGUUACAUAUACGAGUGUAAGCCAUUGCAAGCGAGAGUUACCCGCUCAUUGCUGGGUUAUCGCGUCACGCGUGUUGUCGAUUAUGGCAGGCAGUUAUCGCGUAAAAGUGCGUAAUCCGCGUUCGGUUAUUAAUAAAUGACGGUGAACUCUGGUAGAAGUUGUGACAGCAACUUUUGCUCCUCAUUUAAGCGUGAAUGUCUACUUGAAUCGGCGUAAUAAUUCUGCUCCUGUUUAUUUAUACUUGCACAAUCAAGAUGAAUUAAUUUAUUUAUAAAAAGUCUUGUGUAUCUUUGACAGAGAAAAUAAACAUGAGCAAGGAUCAUCUUACAUCGAAGGCUGUAUCACUUUUGUGGUAAAGCUUGUCCUUACCUUUUUGUCAUAGUCAAUUACGAGGUAAGCAGAGAAUUUAAGAUAGAUUGUAUUUAUAAAUGAAAAGUACUGAUGGUUUUGUUGCCGGCAGGCAUGUCUGAGAAUACUCACAACAAGGAACAAUGGCAGCUUCUUCACAGUCUUCGAUCUACUGUAGAGGGUCUGCUGAUCGAUGGGAUGUCCAAUGUGUGGAAUGUUUAUGGUGGUCUGAAUCGGCUGCACAGUGUAAUGGAACAGAUAUUCAAGCAUGGCUGUCGCAUAUUUGAUCCUAAUGGUGAACCGGAUUGUUGGAUAUUCAUUCAAGGAUUGAAUUGGCUUCAACCAUCUUUAGCAACCUCACCAAUAUUGUCAGAAAAUGAGGAUUAUUUAUGCAAUUUACCAGCUAGGAUAACAUCCAAGAAGGAUAUGUUGUGGCUGUACAAAAGUUUAGAGGGUCAUUCCUUAUCACAUAAAUUAUCGUGGCUGCUAUCAGAUAAGGAACAUUUGCUUUCUUGUUUGGAACCAUGGGCAUUCCUUUGCCAAGAGAAUUUGGCAGAGGCAACGCUUUUGUAUCUAAGAGCAGUUGAGAGAAAUCAACCUGUAUUGCUCGCAGAAAUCGAUCCUUGCUUAUUUUUACCAACAUGGAUAUCUCCUAAAACGAGCCCCAGGCGACAUCGUCGCUCAUCCUCAUAUCCGGUAAAUUUUUCUGGCGUCAAUCACAUUUUCGCGCGAGAUAAGAGCAUGAGUGUUCUCAGCAGAUGUCAAUUGGACAAACUAAAUAUUUCACAGUCUGUUUUAUGCGACACGGACAGCGCUGAAAAUCAAAUAUCAAAAUCCAUACAAGCUAUUACUGACAAUGAUGCACAAAGAGAUUCCAAGGUCGAUGAUGCACCUCUGAAAACGUGGAACAGUUUGCCCGCUUUGGCCAAGAGCCACAGUGGCGCAAUUAUAGAAAGUUCAGCCCCAAACUCGCCGACAAUUCAAGAAAGUAGCAAUAGCAACAAUAGCAAUAAUCGAACUCGUACCAUUGAAUUGGCAGAGAUCAUCAAUGUCAAUUAUUCGGAUUCGAAACAGCCUGUUGAUUCCAAUAUAGACAAACUAGCGAAACCGAAAACCCCUAUCAGGAAAAUGAGGAAUCGAACGAAAGCUAAACAUAGUCAAAGUAAAAAGGCUUCCGAAAAGUCGGAGGUUUCUUCAAGUGUACACGAAAAGGUCAGGGACAUGGUUGAGGAGUCGCGGCCAAUCACAAUCACAGAAUCGGUGGAUACGAAGAUGCUGCACCAAUGGACGACACGCAAGAAGACGUCCUUCUUGGUAGGUUCAGCACCCGAGUUUACGGGUUCCUGGAGCUUGGAAAUAGAAGGUCAGAAAGACAUUCGUACGCCGCGGAAAAGUUUUAUGGAGGACGGCGGUAGUAGUGUGCAGCCAAUGGCGACCGGUUAUUUCCCACGUCCAGCUGAAGGUCAGAGUUUGACUAGCUUCCUGUCUUCGGCACGAUUUUCACGCGCUCAUGACGCCGAAUUGGACCGCGAAAACGCGCAUUUUAGCGUUUGCGAGGCGAUGAUUGCCGCCAUCGAGCAAGUCAAGUGCAACCGAUUGCAGCGGCGUUUGCUGGAUGACGUAGCCGACGAUGAGAGCGACGAGGAGAUCAACCGGCUGAAACAACGAAUUCGAUUGCGACGUCGGCAGCGCCAGGAAGAGAAGUGCCGAGGUAGACGUUGGAGUCGCGGUGAUUUGCUGAGCGAUGGCAGGACCGACACGACCACGACCACUGAUCAGAGCGUCAGUCCGUUGUCCACGUCUUCGAGUAACUCCUCGGAUAGCGUGCCCACGGAGGACUCCGAAUUGGACGACGAGCAGAGGUUGAAGAACGGCGGUACGUCUGCGUCAACCGCGUCAUUGUUCUCGGACGCAGAAUCACGUGCGGCAAGAUUUACGGAUUCCAAUGUGAACGAGAGUAGCGUGUCCGCUGAGGGGGUAGCUCUAUCUCUUAUUAGUCGCUUCAGUGAGAAGCAGCUGCCAAGGGCGAGUGAGCUGCAAUGGUUGGUUUCGGAGAAGGAUGCACCACAACGCUUAUUGCCAAUGCCGAAGAGCUGGCCGGUUAGUCCUGACGAGAUUGAGAUUGAAGAUGCGCGGACUAUCCCGCUGAGGGGGACAAUCGAAUGGGCUCCGCCGCGCCCGCAGAUUAUUUUCACGCCUCAUCCACCACCGGUAAGACGGAUGCUAAUAGCCAAGCAGAAUUAUAGAUGUGCGGGUUGCGGUAUGAAGGUUGCUGUGAAAUAUGCCAAUCGAUUUCGGUACUGCGAGUAUCUGGGUCGAUACUUUUGUACGGGGUGUCAUACAAAUCAAGUGGCAUUUAUACCAGGAAAAAUUCUAUCGAAAUGGGAUUUCAACCGAUAUCCCGUAUCGAAUUUCUCAUAUCGAUUACUGGAUCAAAUGAUGUCGGAUCCGUUGUUCCAAGUGAACGACUUAAAUCCAUUACUAUAUAGACGAAUAAAGCAAUUAGACAAAACGAGACUUUUGCGCACAAAGUUAUUUUUUUUGAAGGAUUUCUUAUUCGCGUGCCGAUUCGCGACCAGCCUUCAAGAUGUGCUGAAGAAGGAAUCAAAUUACAUCAUAAACGAUCCACAUGUGUACUCGAUUCAAGAUUUAAUAAACGUCAAGCUCGGUGUGCUGUUCGUCAGACUGCAGGAGCUCGUUCAAAUUUGUUGCGCUCAUAUUGUAGAUUGCGAGUUGUGCCAAGCUAGAGGAUUCGUCUGUGAACUAUGUUGUUCUAAGGACGUGAUAUUUCCGUGGGAUCUAUCAAAAGUAAUACGAUGUGAAAAAUGUGGCGCUUGCUUUCACAUCGAUUGCAAACACGGUUCUGACAAGGUCGAGUGUCCUCGAUGCGUGAGACUGCAUGCCAGACGAAUUUCAAGGGAUGAGAAGCCCUGACGAAUGACGAGGGCGUACUUUGUCGCGCUAUUCGGAAUAGAAUAUGUAUAUUAAGCACGAUAAGCCAUUCGAGUUGAUUCGAGUCCAGAAGAUAUCUUAUAAGACUUAUUUCGGAUAAUAAAACAUCCUAAGAGACAUUUAAGUUUUAUAAGUAUUUUUUGGACUUUUGAUUAUUUGGGAUAUUAGUAAUUUAUAAAAUAUAUUAACAUCAACAUACUCAAGACAUUAAUUAAAAUUUCUUGAAUACCUCAAGUGCAGUAUUUGGACGAUUUUUUAGAUAUUAAUAUAAAAGUCAAUUCAUUCGAUAUAAUUAUAACUUCUGACAUAUUCGACGUAGGCCGCAAAACUAGUUAAAGAUGGAUGUUAAAUUAUAAAUUAAAUUAGGUAAAAACGUAUAAUAGGAGUAGAGUUCCAUAGUAAAAGUUCAGAUUUUCUUUUGUUCUCUAUUCUCUACUUAUGCAACUAAAAAUACUACUUGUGCCUCAGUCUCGAGAAAAGAAUAUUGAAUGUGUGAACGAGACGUACAUUAGCGAAGACUGAAGCGUUGUGAUAUAUACGUGUUGGAUUUUGAUUUUCUUUGGAAUAAGCUGCAUAAUGCAGACAUCUACAGACAUUUUUAGACAUCCCUGAAUAUAUUAUUCAGAGACAUCAAUUUAUGAAAAAUCUUAAAAGAUAUCGGGUGAUUUAUUGAAAAAUAUAAACAUAAUUUAUCAAGCAAAUUAAAAAGAUACACUAUACUUUACAAACUGUUACAGAGAAAGUAAACUUUUUAAAAAGUAAUAUACUAAAAUUAUAUAAAAGAGAGAGAGAGAGAGAGAGAGAGAGAGAGAGAGAGAGAGAGAGAGAGAAAUAUAUAUAAUAAUUUUGUUCAAAUAGUUUAUUGGAUUGUCUGAGAAAUUCGUAUGAGUUUUUAAUUCAAAUGAAACAAUUUUAUAAUAUUGAAUGAAAAUUUUAUUCAAGAAAAUAUUUUGUUUUGCACUACUUUAACCUAUAUUAGGCAACUGUAGGAUUCGGUCUUGGAAGAGUUUGAUUUGAAAGCAAAGAAGUCAUUGACACAAUUUUUUACUGUUUGCAAACGCAUGCAAUUUUCUUCAGAUAAUCAAGAAUUGUUUUGGUAAAACAUAACACUCGUUUUAUUCAUCAGUUAUGGUUGCUUGUGUUUCGAUUUAAAUUGUUCAAUUGGCUAAUAUAUAUCGGUAAUUUGGAAGCAGUUCAGUCUUUACUUUUGCCCUUUGCGUCUUUAAAGUAAAAAUUACUCACUUCAAAUCUUGUAAAUUAUUUCUGAACAUAAAGGAAUAUAUAGCAUAAUUUCCAUAGAUUUUGUAAGUUUUUUCCGUUGUUUGCAAUAGUAGAAAAAUGCACAUAUCGAAAAUGUACCUUUCAUCCUCCGUCUUCACAACUUAUUACCAGCUUAGUAACACGUACAACUGAUUCUCAAUCAAACUUCAAAAAUAACCAUUUUCGAAGAAUGAAGAAUGUCUAGUUGGUGCUAAUAUAUAAAAGAUAUAAUCUCAGAAAGAUUAUUUAUUA